GAACUUUGUAAAGAAGGACUUAUAACAAAGGAAGAAUUCAAGAACACCGUUUUCGUCCAUUACUUCAGAACAAUGGAUGAGUACAGGAAACCUUUUGAGUGUAAAAACUCACCUGUUUAUCAAGCUGGUCUUCGUUUAAUUUCUAUGGAAAAACACGUAAUUCCUUGUCCUUUGAAGAAGAAAUGGCUGAAAGAGAAGGGAGAUCCAAUGGCACAUGCAAAGCGUUUUGUGUGUUCUUUACGAGCAUGGAGCAAUGGUACUUUCAUGUCUGGUCUAUCUAAUUGCCGCUCAUCUGAAGAAAAAUCUAACAUUGUAGAUGAGUUAUAUCGACGUGUAGAGAACGAGGUAGCACAACACCCUGAGUACUAUGGGAUUGAUCGGGUGCAAGUUUACAUGGUCAUAGAGAAGCAAAGAUGAGUUUAGUCCGUCUUUAAUUCCCAAAAGGAAUUGCCGAUCCUUGAGAAUCGAGUUAAUUAAAUUCCUUUAUUUAUACUGCCAACAUGGCUGCCAUGUCUUUGAGUCUUUUCUUUUUAAAUCUCUUAAAAUAGUCACAAUCAACUUCUCCAUCCACAUCAUCAUAGUCGUUUUAAUGUUUAUUUGUAUUUUAUU